AUGUUGAGUCUGGUUGAAAAUGACACCAUUAAGUGCCCGUGUGCCUUAUGUCGAAACUAUGUUAGGCACAAAAGAUUUGAUGUAGAGAUCCACUUGUGUAAAAAUGGGUUUAGGGAUGACUACAGAAUAUGGACAUCACAUGGAGAGAGACAUGUUGAAGUUGGAAGUGAUGAGAGUUCUUGUGAAGCUGAUCAUCGAUUGUCUGUUCCUUUUAAGCCAGUCAAUCCUGAUGAUUAUGAAAGGGUGAUCAAAGAAAAUGAGCAGCUGAAACAGACUAAUCAGAUACUCCAUGAUGAAAAUGGUGUUAAUCGUGCACUGAUCAUGGCAAUGUAUGCUGAUUUUGGAAAAGAACCGCCUGCAGAGCUGCUAUCCCAUCUAGAAAAUAUUGAUGCACGUCGUCAACAGGAUGUUGGCUCAUCACAUGGAGGCUCUCACUCAGUUGAUAGGCGCGAUGAAAGCGACGAUGAUGACACUUACAAUGAAAGCGAUGCCGACGAUGACGACGACGACGACGACGUCGAUGAUGAUGCCUCCUUUGAAGGAAAUGAUGAAGCCAAUCCCUACCUAGAAGAUGACAUUGAUGGCGAGCGACCCAUCGAAGGAGAUGCUGAUGAUGAGAGAGCUGUCGAAGGCUAUUCAUGAUCAGUGACCAUGACUGUGACCUCAACUAAAGCAAGCAACCCCUACUGACUGGAGGAUGUAGUGUUGAC